AGACUGCAAAAAUAUACGAAAAUGUUCUUUCGUUAAAUGCAAUUGUUACGUUAAAGGCCGAAUCAUUUAUAAGGCGAAAUCGAUGGGAAAACGAUGGACGAAAUAGCACUACGAAUAAACCUCAAACCACCGCUAUUGAGACUUUACCUUACUGUACAGAUAUUGUGCCUAAUAUAAAAUUACUAUUACAAAUGUUUACAACUCUUCCCGUUGUAACAGCUACGCCGGAACGCACAUUUCCACCUUAA